AUGGGCUGGUUCUGGAGUGAAACACCUAAAGACUUGGAGAAGCCCAUGGGCCACCCCAAAGGCGACAUUUCUCAGUGUCCUAUCGACCACAGCAAGUUUUCCAAGCAGUUCGAAAAGAAGAAGGUCGAGGCUGAGACCUCAUCUGCUCCCACCAAAUGCCCCGUGGACCACAGCCAGCGAUCAUCCUGGUUCUCCUGGGCUAAGCCUAGCGGCCCCGAUGCUAACAACAACAAACUGAACCCUCUCAACAUGAUGCCCGAUCUAUCUUCCCAGCGAGCUCCCGGCCAGUCCGUUGACCUUCCUCUGGAGCGAACCAUGUCCACCAUCCCCAAGGGCAAAGAGUCUAGUGCCGGUGUGUGGGAGUAUCCCUCUCCCCAACAAAUGUACAAUGCCAUGCUGCGAAAGGGCGGAGGAGAGAUCCCCGAGGAUGCCGUGGAGUCUAUGGUGGACGUGCACAACUUCCUGAACGAGGGCGCCUGGGUGGAAAUCUGCGACUGGGAGAAGAAGUACACGGAACGUACCGACGUGGAGCCGCGUCUGAUGAAGUUUCAGGGUCGACCCAACGACAUGUCUCCCCGAGCCCAGAUGAUCCAGGCGCUUGGCAAGGUAUUCCCUGCCACCUUUGGAUCUGCUGCUCCCUUUGACAGACACGACUGGACUGUUCUGCGAGCUGUUGUUCCUGCUGCAACAGAAAAAGAUACCGUGUGGCAGGAGGUGCGAUACGUGAUUGACUACUACUCUGGCGAUGAUGAGGGAGAGUCUGGAGACACUCCUACGUUUGUACUGGACGUGCGACCUGCCCUGGACAGCCCUGGUGCUGUGAUUGACCGAGUGGGCAAGUGGUCUUCUGAGACCUGGCGAAAGGCCAUGGGCGAGCCUCCUCUUCCCAAGUACGUUCCUUCCAACCUUCGAGACAUUGAGGAGUGA